UUUCCUAAUUUCCUUAUUGUUGCUUGCUUAGCACUUCGCUCAAGAAUAAUGAAAACCGGCGUAUGGUUGUAGGUUAAAUACACAUUUUAAGAGAGACAUUUUGCCCGGUACCAAUUAAGGCUUCCUACUUCCUAACGCAAGGUUAGGAAGAAACCUGUUGAACAAGAAAGUAAUCAGCUGAAAAACUCUGACACGCAAUGCAAAUACGAAGAGUUGGGAAUGUGGUCCUUAGUGUGGAGCAGCCAGAAGGUGUGGGAGCAAGAGUUCGCAGGAGCAUAGGCAGAGAACAGCUAAGAAAUUUAGACCCAUUUCUGUUGUUAGAUGAGUUCAAAGUAAUCAAACCAGGAGGAUUUCCGGACCAUCCACACAGAGGCUUUGAAACCGUUACGUACCUUCUACAAGGAUGUUUAGGCCACAAAGACUUCUGUGGCCACAGUGGAACACUUCAGCCAGGGGAUUUGCAGUGGAUGACAGCGGGCCGGGGGGUGGUCCACGCAGAGAUGCCAGUGUCUGAGGAGCCCCUGCAUGGCAUACAGCUCUGGGUGAACCUGAGGGCAGCAGAGAAGUUGGUGGAGCCGCAGUACCAGGAGUUGAAGAGCUGGGAGAUCCCAAAACCCAGCCGGAGUGGAGUCACAGUGGCUGUCAUUUCUGGGGAAGCUCUGGGAGUGAAGUCGAAAAUCUACACAAGAACUCCAACCAUCUACCUUGAUUUUAAACUGGAGCAAGGAGCAAAGCACAUUCAACCAGUUCCUUUGGGAUGGACCACAAUCAUCUAUACGCUCUCGGGAUCUGUUCAUGUUGGUCCUGAUGAUGAGGAGAAAAUAAUAGAAGCACAUUACACAGUGGUUUGUAAUGAUGGAGACCAUGUAAAAUGUGAAAAUAAGACAUCAGAAGUAUGCCAUUUUGUCCUAAUUGCUGGAGAGCCAAUCAACGAACCAGUUGUUCAACAUGGUCCUUUUGUUAUGAACACAAAGGAUGAGAUCAGCCAAGCAAUCAGUGACUAUCGAUCUGGGACCAAUGGAUUUGAGAGGGCCAAGACAUGGAAAUCCGACAAUCACUAUUCCUAAAUACACAGGAAGUUACUAAUGUAUGGGUAGACUGAUAUUGCUAAUCUAUACAGCCUAUAUUUCCACAAGAAUAAUGGUUGCUGAAACAAAUAGCUGUGAUGUGAAAUAUGAUUAUUGAUCUAACGUGAGUGGCGAACUUUGGGAGUGGUUCGUUGAGCUGCUGUGCUUUUGUUUAUCAGUGUUUUUGUAACUAUUUAUAGUUUUGGUAGCUUGGCAUUUUUCUUUUUUGGUGAAAUCCUUGAUUUCUUGAGAUUUAAUAAAUGGUGGUAAAGCAACCAUUUAUUUUGUUUCCUGUGUGUGUUCACCACAUGGUGCCACAAUGGGAAAUAUAUUGUAAUUUUUAAAAUGUUGAUUUUAACUGUAAAUAAACAACUGAAAUUGUGGAGUCA